UUUUAUUCGGUUUGCAGGUUCUUCAUCAGUGGCACUGCUUUCUGCAUAAUAUCACAAUUACGCCUGGUCAAAACCAACUGAACUUUCCGUAUCGUCAAUUCUUGGUAUGUCGCCCAGAGAUAAAGAAAUGUGAAUUACAUCCCGAUGAAGGAAGCGUUAGAAAAAUCACGACUAAUUUUUUUUAUGGAACAUUGCUUAAUAUCAAAGGGCAAAUAGAAGAUGGCUUACUUCUUCGCAAGUGCGUGUUUUUUGGAGGCUUGGAAAAAAGUUUACGUAAAACCAUAUGGCCUUUUAUAUUAAAAUGUUAUUCCUUUACAUCAACUUUUGACGACCGAGCUGUUCUCAUUGAUAUUAGAAAGCAAGAAUAUGACGAAAUAACACGGAAACGUUUAUACUCAAUGUCGCCAGAGGAACAAAUACAUUUUUGGAAAUCUGUACAAUGUGUUGUAGAGAAAGAUAUUGCAAGAAUAGAUGGCACAAACACAUUUUUUUGUGGCGAAGAUAAUCCACACCGCGAGAUAAUGAAGAAUAUUCUACUAAAUUAUGCAUUUUAUAACGGUGGAUCAUCCUAUUCCCAGGGAAUGAGUGACUUAUUGGUUCCAGUACUAUGCGAAGUUCAAAAUGAAUCGGAGACUUUUUGGAGCUUUGUGGGAUUAUUACAACGUUCUUUUUUCGUGUGUGCCCCUACGGAUACCGAUAUAGAUCGAAACUUAAACUAUUUAAGGGAGCUUAUCCGUAUCAUGUUGCCCCGCUUCUAUUGUCACUUAAAUCGUCAUUCGAGUUCGAUGGAGCUGCUUUUUUGUCAUCGGUGGUUAAUUUUAUGCUUUAAACAUGAGUUCACCGAAACAGUGGUUGUCAGAAUGUGGGAAGCUUGUUGGUCAAAUUACCUUACGGACCAUUUUCAUUUGUUUCUGUGUUUGGCUAUUAUUGCUGUUUACGCCGAUGACGUGAUUGCUCAAGACUUACGUGCAGAUGAAAUGUUGUUUUAUUUUAGUUCACUUGCAAUGUAUAUGGAUGGCCAGUUAAUUCUUCGAAAAGCUCGAGGUCUACUUUAUCAAUAUCGUCAAUUGUCAAGAAUACCUUGUACCUUAAGUGGUUUGUGUAAAAGAUGUGGGCCAGGUAUGUGGGACUCUGAGCACUGCCCAGCCCUGGAGUGUGUUGGGCAUUCGCUGGAAGAUAAGUGCCCGCUAGAUAUUGAUUAAAUUAUCUACAAAAGCCAAUCCAA